CAGCGCAGGGAGACGUUUAUUGAAGUCAGCCGUCCUCUCAGUCAGACGCGAUGUCUGACAACGACGGGAUCAGAUACUGCCACAGAUUCUCGUACACGCUUCUAAAAUUCCUCCUGUUUUUCUACGCCUGUAGUUGGUGGUUUAUUGGUGGAUUUAUUCUGGCCAUUGGCAUCUAUGCUGAGGUGGAGAGGCAACGCUACAAGACACUAGACGGAGUGUUUUUGGCCCCAGCCGUAAUCCUGAUCCUUCUGGGAGUGGUUAUGUUCAUCGUUUCUCUCAUUGGAGUCUUGGCAUCGCUGAGGGAUAAUCUAACUCUGUUAAAAGUGUUCAUGUACACCCUGGCGUUCUGCUUGUUCCUGGAGCUGCUCGGAGGAAUCUUGGCACUUGUGUUUCGCAACCAGACGGUAGAAUUACUGAACAAGAACAUCCGGAAAGGUAUCGUGAACUACUAUGAUGACCUGGACUUUAAAAACAUCAUGGACUUUGUUCAGAAAAAGUUUGAGUGUUGUGGAGGUCAAGAGUUUAUAGACUGGGAAGUCAACAUGUACCACAACUGCUCUGGACGUGGACCGCUAGCCUGCGGCGUCCCGUACACGUGCUGCGUGACUACUAAGCCUAAUGAAGUGGCCAAUACUAUGUGUGGAUACAAGGUCCUGGAGAAAUCGCGGCUGGAGCUGUUGGACAUCAUCCAUGUCAGAGGCUGCACUGAUGCGUUCUUCAUCUGGCUGAUGGACAACUAUAAGAUUAUGGCAGGACUAUUGUUGGGGAUACUACUGCCUCAGUUCUUCGGCGUGAUCGUCAGCUGGCUGUACAUCACUCGUGUUGAAGACGCCAUCGCUCAGUGCGGACACUACACGGACGGGCUGCUGGGUACACGGGAGAGAGGCAUGAAGCAUCAGGGCCGUCUGACCAAGUGGUUCAAAUGUAUGCCAGAAAUCGACUGAAGACGAGCCCAAACAUGGACUCCAGCCAGCGCCUGGUUUGCCCAGUGUUCAGCCAGGACUUGUUCAGUUUCAUAUUAAGCUUUGUUUUUCACAAUUUUCCCCACCCUUUUUUGCAAUGAGUUACUUAUUGUUGUCUUACAAGAAUUUCUACAGAUAUGUGGUUUUAUGUGCAUUAUGCCUCAGUCUCAGGGAUGAACACUGUGUUUGUUUUCCACUGCUUGUUUAACCAUUUAUGUGUUCUGUAUAAGCACUAAGUAGUCGUAAUACCGUAAAAUGUAAACUAAUGAAAGGCAGUUCCCUAUUUAUUUCAAUCAGAUAUGGUCCUGUACAAACAUUGAUAUUUUAUCUACCUUUUUUUUUUUUUCUUUUUGGAAAGGUGCUUACAUUUUUAUUUUUUUUUAUACAUAUCUGCUUAAGACCAGAAGUGCUUACUGAUCUCAAUAGUUUGUUGUCUGGUAUGUCAUUCUCCCAAGGCAAAGCUAAUACUGGGAAAGCGGCAGGAAAGUUAUUGGUGAGUUGGAGAACGAGAGAAGAGAAUCUGUCCGAUUGUAGAGUAGAUGAGGAACUGCAAAAUGCAACGUUGGCCUUGGUAAAGGAUUCAUUCUCUGAGUUUAAAAUGUGCCUACAUCAUUUUGUUUUCAGCAGAACGUUUUACUGUUUUUCUUUCUUCCAAAUACAUUUUGUGUCAUAAGAAAGUAAAGCACUGUUUGUUAUUAAAAGUAAAUAAAGAGGUGCUGACAGAGGAAUUCUCAGGGUUAUUGAUAAACAUUCAGGCAUGUUGGAUCGGAUGUUUGACUUAAAUGUUAACUAUGUUCUAGUGGCCCGGGGCCGAACCCAACAAAGACAUAAUUUUUACAGGUUGGAAGAUUUAAGAAUUAAAAUCAAAUAAAAAAGGAAAAUAGGGGUGCUGCUACACAUAAUGCAGAUAGAAACGAUGUUUGAAAUCAGCUAAAUAAAUUAUGGUGUAAUUUUUG